CUAGCAAUAAGUUUUGUGGGGCUAUUGUUGAUAAACGCACAGUAUUUUGUAUAUGUGGACAAAAAAUUAUUCUUGAUAACAAUUAUAAUGAGUCAAGGCUUAAUAAACAUUCUAAAAACUCAAGAUAUAAAGUAAAUAAUAAGAAAAGGCAGCUUGACUUACCUGGACUUUUCCCAGUCUUGCCUAAACCUUCCAAAAAAAAAGAAAAUUCUUCUUCUUUAUCCCCACCACCAAUAUUGUCAUCUCUAUCUUUGUAUCAAAAUAAACCUUGCUUUGGGUUAUAUUCUGAACAAAUUAGUUCUUACAUUAAUAGAACACUAUUUACAUAUAGAGGUAUACGAUGA